GGAGGUAGAACGCAGGAAGGAAGGGGCUGGGUACGGUGAGGGCCACCAGGGGCCCUGGAACCCCAAGUCCUCGUGCCCACUGCCCCAGGAUUCUCACCCACCCCCACCUAGUGAACCUGCACCCUCUCUGCUGGGCCACUGUCAGGGGAGAGGGGAAGGUUCUGGAGAGGAUCAAGGGUCAAAUGUCCAAAGAUCGGCCCCUGCCCAGGCCCCGAGAAGAGGGGGGCGGUGAGCAGCUGCCGGAGCUCAGACCUCGAGCAGACCACCAGAUUCAAGAGCAUGGCUUCUGACGGGGUCCCAAGGAAGGUCGGGGUGGUGGGGUACGGCCGCCUUGGACAGUCCCUAGUUUCUCACCUGCUGACUCAGGGACCAGAACUGGGCCUCGAACUUGUUUUUGUCUGGAAUCGUGACCCAGGACGGAUGGCGGGGAGCGUGCCCCCCUCCCUGCAGCUCCAGAACCUCGCUGCCCUCAGGGAGAGGCACCCCGACCUUGUAGUGGAAGUGGCCCAUCCCCAAAUAAUCCAGAAAUCGGGGGCACAAAUCCUGCGCUACGCCAAUCUCCUGGUGGGGUCUCCGUCAGCCCUAGCGGACCAGGCCACAGAGCAGCGGCUCCUGGAGGCCUCCCGUCGCUGGGACCACGCGGUGUUUGUGGCCCGGGGUGCCCUGUGGGGCACGGAGGACAUCACCAGAUUGGACGCGGCUGGGGGCCUCCAGAGUCUUCGUGUCACCAUGGCCACGCACCCCGAUGGCUUCCGGCUUGAGGGACCGCUGGCUGCAGUGCUCAGCACUGGGCAUCGCACUGUGCUCUAUGAAGGGCCUGUCCGCGGGCUCUGCCCCUUUGCUCCCCGCAACUCCAAUACCAUGGCGGCCGCUGCCCUGGCUGCCCCCAGCCUGGGCUUUGACCGCGUGGUUGGAGUGCUUGUGGCUGACCUCAGCCUCACAGACAGGCAUGUGGUGGACGUGGAGCUGAGCGGCCCCCCGGGCCCCACAGGACGAAGCUUCGCUGUGCACACCCACAGGGAGAACCCCGCAGAGCCAGGAGCCGUCACGGGCUCAGCCACUGUUACCGCCUUCUGGCGCAGCCUCCUCGGCUGCUGCCAACUCCCUUCCAGGCCAGGGAUCCAUCUCUGCUGAGAAGGCUCCUUCCCUAGUGGACAUCUUCGUCUCAUUUACGUCCCCCCACUACCAGCCUGCUGCUGUCCUGACCUCAGUUACCCCGGACCUCCCUCCUGUCUCAGUAAAUACUGGACACUCUUCUCCCUGCAAGGUCUGGUGUCUCCGGUCCCUUGUUUCCCUCCUGUGACGUCACGCUGCGACUUCACACCAUGCUUGGUGCCAUCACGGUCACGGGGAAGGGGAGGGGA